CUGCGAGCGAAGCCGUGGAGGAGAAAGACAACGCAGCGAACAAAACACACAAUGGCGGCAGCGGCGACGGCGGCAAGUGGAGCGGCUUCAAGCGGACCGGCAACUGGUCCGGUCGGUGGCGGAACGGCUAUGGGACGAAAAAAGGAUGGCGGUCCCUCCUCGAAAUUUUGGGAAAGUUCAGAAACCAUAUCUCAGCUGGAGACGGUUAGGCUGUGGAUCGGAAAGCACUACAAGAAGUAUGUCCAGAAUGACUCCCCAUCCAGUAAGUCUUUGGCAGGAUUGGUGGUUCAGUUGCUUCAGUUCCAGGAGGAUGCAUUUGGACGUAGAGUCAACAACCCUGCUCUUACAAAGCUACCUGCAAAGUGUUUCCUGGAUUUCAAGGCAGGAGGUGCCCUUUGUCAUGUUCUGGGGUCUGUCUACAAGUUUAAAAGCGAGCAGGGCUGGCGUCGUUUUGACCUUCAGAAUCCUUCCCGGAUGGAUCGUAAUGUAGAAAUGUUCUUAAAUGUUGAGAAGAACUUGGUCCAGAAUAACUGUUUGACUAGGCCAACUGUCUUCCUGUCACCUGACAUUGAGCAAAAACAAACCAGUAAACUCAAAGACAUCAUCAAAAGGCACCAGGGGUCCAUCAGUGAUGAUAAGUCAAAGGCAACACACCUCAUUUAUCCCUCUCAGUCUCAACAAGAAGAAGAGGAGUGGGUACGUCCUGUUAUGAGAAAAGACAAGCAGGUGUUGGUGCACUGGGGUCUCUACCCUGACAGCUAUGACACCUGGUUGUCAGCCAGUGAGGUGGAUGGUGAUGUAGAGGAGCCACCCAGCACUGACAGGCCAUGGAAGGUCCACGCUAAGUGGGUCUUGGACACAGAUGCCUUUAAUGAGUGGAUGAAUGAAGAAGAUUACGAGGUGGAUGAGAACAAGAAGCCUGUCAACUUCCGUCAGAGGAUCUUCCCCAAAGAAGAGGAGUCUUCCCGUACACCUGAUCGCAAGGAGCGCAAGGCCAAUUCUGCUGGCAAGAAGAGGAGACGCUCGCCCUCACCGCCCAGCACUCCAGCUGAGUCCCGCAAGAAAGGAGGGAAGAAGGGGAAUCCAGGGCCUCAUUGGAAACGACGGGGACACAGAGGUGAAGAGGAAGACACAGAGGAGGACCUGAGCAAGGACAUGGAUGACUCCUCGGCCGGGGCUAGCAUGGAGGAGGGCACCAUGUCCAAAAACGCAAAUUCCAAAAAAGACGAGAACACUCCAAUGAAAGGAAAUGACCUGGAUGACAUGGAGGAUGACUCUGUGCUGUCAGGUGGAAAGGAUGAUGAAGACCAGGGUAAAGCUGAAGCGAACAGACUGAUGGAUGCCAGUGAGGAUAAUGUGACUGAACAGACUCACCACAUCAUCAUCCCUAGCUACGCUGCUUGGUUUGACUAUAACUGCAUCCAUGAGAUCGAGAGAAGAGCCCUGCCUGAGUUCUUUAAUGGAAAGAACAAGUCUAAGACACCAGAGAUCUACCUGGCCUACCGUAACUUCAUGAUUGACACGUAUCGACUAAACCCUCAGGAGUACCUCACCUCCACUUCCUGUCGCAGGAACCUUACUGGUGAUGUGUGUGCUAUUAUGAGAGUUCAUGCAUUUCUGGAGCAGUGGGGUUUGGUGAACUACCAAGUUGAUGCUGAAAGUCGCCCAUUGCCCAUGGGACCCCCACCCACCCCUCAUUUUACUGUGCUGGCUGACACACCAUCCGGCCUCAUGCCUCUAAACCACCGACCUCCACAGAUUCCUCCUGCACAGCCAAUGCCUGGCUUUCCAGACAAAGUAAAGGAAAAGCCCCUCGACCUGCAGAAUUUUGGUCUUCGCCCUGAUCUCUACACCAAGAAAAACCCAAAGAGCAAAGGAGUGACUUCGACUAGGGAAUGGACGGAGCAGGAGACUCUGCUGCUAUUGGAGGCUUUGGAGAUGUACAAAGAUGACUGGAACAAAGUGUCUGAGCACGUUGGUUCACGUACACAAGACGAGUGCAUCCUGCACUUCCUGCGGCUGCCAAUUGAGGACCCAUAUUUGGAGAGUACCGAGACCACCCUGGGGCCACUGGCCUACCAACCCAUCCCCUUCAGUCAGUCUGGAAACCCUGUCAUGAGCACCGUGGCCUUCCUGGCUUCUGUGGUCGACCCGAGAGUGGCAUCUGCUGCAGCCAAGGCAGCCCUAGAGGAGUUCUCCCGUGUGCGUGAGGAGGUGCCAGCUGAGCUUGUGGAGGCACAUGUAAAGAAAGUACAGGAGGCUGCCAGAAGCACCGGAAAAGUGGACCCAGCGUUUGGACUGGAGAGCAGCGGUAUUGCUGGAACUGCCCCCGAGGAACCUGAAAAGACUGAAUCCACAGAGGCAGAGAAGAUGGACACAGACAGUGACUCCCAGCAGGGUGAUAAGGCUGAGCUGAAGGAUGAGGCAGAGAAGCCCAGUGAGUCUGCAGAGAAGACUGAGAAAAAGGAGUCAGGUGAAAAGGUGAAGAAGGAGGGAGGAGAGUCAGCUGAGGCCUCAGAAAAAGAGGAGGGAGAGGCAGAGGGAGGAGAUGCUAAGACAUCUCCAGCAGACAAGGAUAAAGAUGAGGCUAUGGAGAGCUCAUCCUCAGAACAAGAGAAGGAGAAGGAUGAGAAGGGAGCAACAGAGGGUGGAGAUGAUAAGAGGAAAAAGCUAGAACAUGACAUCGGUGAGGGAAACAUCGCCACUGCAGCUGCUGCUGCCCUCGCAUCUGCUGCCACCAAGGCCAAGCAUUUAGCAGCAGUGGAGGAGAGAAAGAUUAAAUCUUUGGUCGCUCUGCUGGUGGAGACCCAGAUGAAGAAGCUGGAGAUCAAACUAAGGCAUUUUGAGGAGCUAGAGACCAUUAUGGACCGAGAAAAAGAGGCAUUGGAGCUGCAGAGACAGCAGUUGCUCACAGAGCGUCAGGCUUUCCACAUGGAGCAGCUCAAGUAUGCAGAGAUGAAGGCUAGACAGCAGAUGGAGCAGCAGGCAGCUGCUGCUGCUGCAGCGGCUGCCGCCGCCGCCCAGGGUCAAGGACCAGCACCAGGACCUGGACCACACCCUGGGCCCCCUCCACCUGGAAUGCAUCCAGGUGGACCUCCACCUCACCAUGGAGGACCUCCACCACACCACGGAGCACCCCCACCUCAUCAUGGAGGACCCCCACCUGGUGCUGCCAUGCAUCCCGGAUACCCACCAAUGGGUCACCACCCAAUGGCCCCACACCACCCAGGACAGACAGGACCAAUGGGACCUGGCCGGAUGAUGCCUGGCCCACCCACUGCUGGCCCCCCACCAGGCGGUAUGCCUCCUAUGAUGCCCCCUCGCCACCCUGGAGCACCCAACGGCAUGUACCCUGGCCCUCCACCUGCACAGCCUGAUGCCAUGCCACCAGCUCCUGUGGGUCCUCCAGUGCCCCCAAGUGGAAGAGUUGCUGACAACUAAGAUCCACACACAAAUGCAUACAAAAAACCACACACCCCCCCCACACACACACAUACACACUUACAAAAGACUAACUCUGUCUCUGAACCCUAGCCCCCUUUUUGAUGCCCUUUGCUACUGGCUCAGUAUUUUUCCCUCAGCACUCAAAGAAAAUCCAUAAACUUCAUCACAGUACACACACAGACACACACUCAGGGUUCAAUGGCAAGGGUGACCUGAUUUAAUACGUGUAACACACACACCCAGACUUGCUCUCAGGGCACAGCAGCAAAGGGUUGUUUAGUAAUAACACUGUUUUUCUGCUCAGUUGAGCUAGUCAUAGGCUGGAGAGAAUAACUGUGUAAAACAACAAAAAAAAAAGGUGGAGCAGGUGUGUGUGUGUGGGGGGGGGGUUGUCACAUCCCUCUUUCUGCUGCUGUUUCAGUUGACACUGUCGACUUCUCCCAUCUUUCUUUCCCUCACAUACACUGUCUUUUUGGGGAGCUAGUUGAGACCAGAGUUUCACUUAGACCUGCAGAGGGCUUGUGUGCACUGAGUUGUAAUACAAACCUAACAACAAAAAAAAAAAAAAAAACCCAAGCAGACUUUUCAGACACGCUUUCACACAUGCACAAAGAGGAUCCAGCCUGCCCUUGCUCUUGUCUUGUUGAGUAUCUACCUCUCGCUCCUCUUAAAUAAUACACUGUAGUUCUGUGUGUGUGUGUGUGUGUGUGUGUGUGUGUGUGUAUGUGUUUGCAAAACAGUGGUGAAGCAUUACCUUCCGUGAAACCACUAAUUAUUUUUUCCAGCUUUUGCAUUAAAGGUACAAGGUGUAAGAUAUGUGAAGAAAUGUACAUGUGGUAAUUGGUUUUAUUUCCAAUUUGUGUGCCAGAUCAUAAUGUACCUUAAAAUGUGACCUUUCUUCAUUGUCGGGUCCUUACAUCUAUGAGAAGACUGAUUUCUAUGUAGAGGGCUUGGGUUGGAAUCCAGAGGGGGUUCUUGUGCUUGCCCUGGAGUUCUUCAGUGGCUCUGCUCCUCUUCACCAGCUGCUGUUAGCUUAGAAAUGGAAUUGGCCAAUGUUAAAAAA